GCGCGCCGCUCCACCGCGCCUCGUCCCCCCCCCGCCGUCAUGGCGCAACCUAAACCCGGUCAGUCCGGGGAGGAGAUCGAGUGGAAGAGCGACAUGUACCCGGGCACGGUCGUCAGCGCGACUCUGGAGCUCCGGCACGCCGCGGGGCUCAGCUCUUCCGUGAUCGGCGCGGUGCAGACGGACCCGAACGACCCCGACCGCGUCUACUACGCGGUCGCGUCCACCGUCGUCGUCGCGUCGCUCGCGGACCCGUCGAAGAAUGCUUUCCUCCGCGGGCACGACGGCGACAUCGCCGCGCUCGCGGUGUCGCCCAGCGGUCGGUACCUCGCGUCCGGACAGGGCGUCGGCACGAACGCGGACGUCGUCGUGUGGGACCUGAGCACGAUGACGGAGCUGCACCGGCUGUCGGAGCACGACGAGGGCGUCGCGUGUCUCGCCUUCUCGCCGGACGAUCGCGUCCUCGUCUCGGGCGGCGUCGCCGCGGAUGGCAAAAUUUUCUGUUGGGACGCGCGAACCGGCGGGAUCAUCGCGAACGGCGCGCUCGCGCCGGAGGAGUGCCGCGCGGUGACGUUCUCGAGCGCGAUCUACGAGGGGACGUACUACACGUUCGCGACCGCGGGCGUCGAGGCGUGCGUCGUCUGGGGCGUCGACGCGAAGCGCGGAUUGCUCGGCGGCCAAAAGUGCGGCACCGGCUUCCAACGCCGCGUCUACGUCUCCGUGGAGUUCUCCCCGGACGCGACGAUGCUCUACGCGGGAAGCACGUCCGGUGACGUGACCGAGUUCACGGUCAACGGAUGCGUUUUGCGCAACGUCGCGGUGUGCUGCAAGUCGAACGCGGCGUGCGUGCUGAGCCUCGAGUACCUCGGCCUCGCGAAGGACGCCUACCUCAUCGGCGGCGGCGACGGCACCGUAUCCGUGUACUACCCGAAGCGCCCGCCGACGCCGAUGGACACGAUGGAGCCGCUCGCGACGCUGAAGGGCGCGGUGACGUCCAUCGCGAAGAUCGCGGCGAGCAACCAGGUUGUCGUCGCGACGGCGGAGGGAAACAAGUACGUCGUCUCCUUGCAGACGCUGAGACCGGGCGCGGCGAAGAGCGUGUGCUACGAGGAGUCGCACAUCGCGCCGGUGACGUCGGUGCUCUUCGCGCCGACGGACUGCUUCGGCGGGCAGGAGAGGCUCGUGUCCGGCAGCGCCGACGGGUGGCUGCGCGCGUGGAGCAUCAGCGCGGAGGGUAUGGCGAUGGGGACGCUGCGCGCGCAGGAACGCAUGCGCGGCGGAUUGAACUGCGUCGCCGCGGUGCCCGGGACGAUCCUCACCGGGUGGGGCAACGGGCACGUGUGCGGGUUCCGCGACGGCGACGGCGCGCUGCUCUGGACGCUGCCGGACGCGCACGUGGACGGCGUGACGUGCAUCGCGGUGUCGAACGAGCGGCAGUUUUUCGUCACCGGCGGCGCCGGAGGCGACGUGCGCGUGUGGGACGUCGCUUCGCGGCAGCUCGUGUCGACGCUCAAGGAGCACAACGCUCGCGUCGUCGGGCUCGCGGUCCUCGCGGGCGACGCGCACGUGGUGUCCGCGUCGAGGGAUCGAAGCAUCCUGACGUGGGAUCUCAUUCGCGAGCGUCGGACGACGCAACAUCUGCAACGCGUCGGCGGCAUCAACGCGUCGGUCGUGAAACCGCAAGGGUCUUCGUACGCCGACGCCUCCGCCGAGCCGGACGGCGCGUCCGUGCCCAUGGUGACCGUGGGGCAGGACCGGAGCCUGACGUUCUGGGACCUCAGCGAGCAGCAGCCGCUGCAGAUCGUGCCGGGGACGCACGCGCGGGAGUGCACGUGCGUCGCGCUGUCGAGCGAGGGCGUCCUGGGCACGGGAAGCAAAGAUCAGAUGUUGAAGCUGUGGGAUUUCGAGAGCGGUCGGCUGCUCGCGUCCAAGCACGCGCACUGCAAGUCCGUGCUGUCGCUGAGCUUCAGCGCGGACGGGAGGACGCUCGUGUCGGGCGGCGAGGACGGGGUCAUCAUGACGUGGGCGAUCGACGUCAAGAAAGUGGACUAGAAGAAGAGAGAGAAGGAUGGAUGGGUGAUGGGGAGGGUGGCGCUCUUGCUUGUACGUGUAGUCUACGUAAAAGUAACUCAUGACUCUGACGUUUGACCG